AGAAGCUAUAUAUAAUAGUAUAUAUAUAUUCAAACCAUCGCUUAUUCAAGCAUGACAUUUUAUUGAUUAUCCAAACUUCCAAUAAAGGCCCCACACAAAGUUCCACCAAUCAGAAAAUACCGAAAAGGUCAGCUCGAAAUUCCCUCUCCUCAUUCCUCAACGUCUAUAAAAAAGCCCCCCCUCCAUCUCUACCAACAAAUUCAGCAUAAACACUUUAAACCCAUUUGAGCUUCAUUAUCUGUGUAGAGAAAUGGAGCAGAGCAUAAUGGCUGAAAACCACAGGCCAAAUCCUGCUUUCGAAAAAGAAAGCAUUAUUAUGCAACAUGGAAUAUUUGCCCUCCUGGUUGGGACGCUAAACAAUCAAAUCCAAGUGAAGUACCAGUCAAUUAAAGGCUCUCCAUUCGACAGCCACGACGUUAUUAUGUCAGUUUUCCUUGUUGCUCUGUUUAUAUAUGCCACGGCAUCGGUGGCCGAAGUUAUGCUCCGAGCUCGAGAAUCAACUUACUACACACUGGUUGGCAAUCUCCGACUCUUUGCCAGUGCCCUCGCUGCGAUAUUGCUUCUAGCUAUUCUGGCUCCAAUUCUGGGGUGCGUUAUUUCGGUCGUAUGGGCCUGUUUAUUUAUCGGAGUUGCAUAUGAAUCAAGCCGAGAGUUGUCCAACAUUUUAAGCCAGUUAACCACCAAUAAGUUACUUGACAUGUUGACCAGGCUAAUUGCACGCGCAAGGAGUCGCAAGGAGGAACCAAAUCAGCCACAUGUCUAGGUCACUACAUGUCCUUGGAUAGAGUAAUUGGCAUAGGAAAAUACUUGUUUGUAACUAUUUCUGGUUGUUCUCCUCCCCGCCCUCUCUGUUUUUUUUUUCUUUUCUUUUAAAAAAAUCUCUGUAUGUUUGAAGAGGAAGAUUUGAGAAGAGGUUGAUCACGAGGAAUUUACUUCGCAUGUAAACAAAUGUAAUGAAAUAAGAUUUUUUGUUUUUUUGUAUUUAAAUAGUA